AUGUUCAAUUAUUGGAACAUAUUUUUGAGAGACCUGACCAGAAACAAGGAUAAGAACUCCACAUUUAUUCAAUGGCACGGUAUGAAAGAGGAAAGUUGCCCUGGUUCUGAUGCGUUCGUAAGUGCAGGCGCCAAUCCUACAGCCACGUUGUAUCUCAAUCAGUCGUCUAUACCGAAUCGGAUUACCCGUGCGGUGCGGACUGUCUCAAAGUUACUGAAGGCCAAUACGCCAAGAGAGGAUAAGAAAUGUAGACUUGUCGCAGAGACAAACGUUUUUGGGCGAUACAUCUACGGCGUACCCUUUCAAAAACUAUGCAAAACCCCAUCAUCAAUUGCCAACCGCGAUGGAACAUUUAUUCACAUAGAACAACACGCAAACUCUCGCGAUAACCUGGACAUUUGGAUCAAGGCCCUUCAAAUCGCCUUCAAAACAAUAAAGAUAAGGAUUCAUGAUGAACUUGCA